GGACGGGACGGGGAGGGGUCAGGGCCGUCGCCAUUUUGGCUGGGGGUCGGUAGCUGAGCAGGCGGAAAACGCCGGGGAAUUCUGCGCAUUCCCCCCCCCCCCUCUCCCUUUUAUAACCUCCCCCGGAGGCGCGGGCCGCUGCCGCCGGCGAGAGAAGAGGAGCCGCGAUCAUGUUGUCCCGCGUCGUCCUGGCUUCCGCUGGUGCUCUGAAGACAUCGGCACCUAUCACUGCCAGUCUUUUGCCGCUAUCCAAAUCUUUACAUACAAGUUGUCAGUCUUGGACACCAGUGCCACCCCUUCCUGAGGAAGGAGGCAAAGUGCGUCAUGGUUUGUUUCCAGAAGAAUUUUUCCAAUUCUUGUACCCAAAAACUGGGGUAACAGGGCCUUAUAUGUUUGGUGUUGGGCUGUCAACCUAUCUUCUGUCAAAGGAGAUUUAUGUCAUUAACCAUGAAACAUUUUCAGCUAUCUCAAUUGGCAUUGUUAUCCUCUAUGCUGUCAAAAAGUAUGGCAAAAAUGUGGCAGAAUUUGCUGACAAAUUGAAUGAGGCUAAGGUUGAAAAAGCACAAGAAGUAAAAGAUCUGGCCAUGAGCAGUUUGCAAGAAGCUAUUGAAGCAGAAAAAAAAGAACAGUGGAGAACAGAAGGGCGCGUGCACCUUUUUGAUGCAAAGCGGAACAACAUUGCAAUGAUUCUAGAAACCAACUACCGUGAGCGACUGCAUAUGGUGUACGAUGAAGUGAAGAAACGUCUGGAUUACCAAGUCAGUCUCCAACAUCUACAACGAAGACUUGCACAGGAACACAUGGUUAACUGGGUGGAGAAGAGUGUAAUCCAGAGUAUCACACCCCAACAGGAGAAAGAGAGCAUUGCCAAAUGUAUCUCUGACCUCCAAGCACUGGCAAAGACUGCUCAAGCAAAGGUUUAACCUUGAUCCAGAAUUGCUAUUGACAUAAAUGUAUGCAAAUCUACAGAUUUGCAAUAUAUAUGUAACACUGAAAAAUGUAAUUUAGGUUCCUUGUAAAUGUUCUUGUAAUCUGGUGCAGAACAUUAAAUGGAAUGUUGAUAAA